AAGAAACAGGGGGAAAAAACGUUGUAUUGUCCGACCCGGACUGACACGGAUCCGAUUUUUUUUUUCCGCCCCUAACAAGUAACAACCCACUCCCAAGCAAGACUUAAACGGUGACGUACCUCAACCACCUCGCCGCUCUCGCCCUCUGCGUGGGCAACAGCGCAGGCACCGUCCAUCGAUCCAGCCUUCCAUCCGUCCAUUCAUCUUUUUCUCUUAAGUCUUCCCAUCAUUCUCGACGCAGUGUAGUGAUAACAAGCUGCUCGAGAGAAACAAGAGCCAUGCCUAGCGGUUGCAGCAUCAGAGCUCUGUGGAUCCUCGACAACAAUCUCGACGCCGUCGUUUUCUCUAGGAGGUUUCCCGUUGUGGAGAAGCGGUGGCGGACAGCUUGCGAUAGUGAAAGGUCACUUCUGGGGACUACAUCUUAUGGAAUACAUUGGGGAAGUGCCCUUCUGCAGCCGCAGCAGUACCAUAGGGGUGAUGGCAGCUUGGGAACAUCCAAAAUUGUGAUACCAAGAGGAAAAAUGCUUCAAUUGGCCGGUUGAUUUCAGACCAAGAUUUGUGCCUGCUGGGUGAGGGUCUUAUACUUCAGACAUGUUGCUGCUGGCCAUAACCAGUCCUAAGUAACUUAGUAAGCACCAAAAUUUCUUCUUCCCACACUAAAACUAAGAAUAGAGGAGCCCAUAAUGAUUGGCGACAUCAACAUUUGUUGGUAUUUUUGUCUCAAAAGGAUGGCUUGUGAUUCUGCUGGGUUCCAUUUGUGCAAAUGUUGUUUACAUUGGUAUCCAGCUUAUGAUUAGAUGUAGUGGGAUGUUCAUGUUGUAGGGAAAAACAUUUUCAAAACAAGUUGUUGGUAGCUUUGAUUUUUCUGUUCCCCUCAUAUGAUACUGGUAGU